AUGGCUUUGUCAGCUCUAAAGAACAGACUUAAGAAAGUAUCAACAACCACAGGUGAUGGAGUUGCUCGUGCAUUUUUAAAGACUCAAGCGGCUCUGUUUGGCAGCUAUAGAAAUGCUCUGAAGAUCGAACCUGAGGAACCUAUAACCUUUAAUGAAGAUGUCUUUGUAUCACACCGCUCGAGUGCCAUGAGGCAGUUCCUGCAAAAUGCGAUUCAGCUUCAGCUCUUCAAACAGUUCAUUGAUGGUCGACUGGAUCUCUUGAAUUCUGGGGAAGGAUUUAGUGAUGUGUUUGAAGAAGAGAUAAACAAUGGUGAAUAUGCAGGAAGUGACAAAUCUUAUCAUCAGUGGCUGUUAACAGUGAAGAAAGGAAGUGGAGCCAUCAUAAAUACAAUGAAGACGAAGGCAAAUCCUGCAAUGAAGACUGUGUACAAAUUUGCAAAAGAUCAUGCAAAAAUGGGAAUAAAAGAAGUGAAAAAUCGUUUGAAGCAAAAGGAAAUGGCAGAAAAUGGCUACUCUGUAGCAGGAGAUGAUAUCCAACCGAAGAGUAUUACAUCCCCCAUGUCUGAGAAGAAAGAAGGCAAGCAGCGAGAGGACCGGCGACCAAUAACAGUGCACUUUGGGCAGACUAUGCCACAUAGAUGUCUGCGCUAUGAUCGAGCCAACAACUGCUGGGCCAGCCACCGACGAAUCUGCUUUACUGUUUCCAUCAACCUGUCCCCCAAACUGGCAGAGGUAGGAAAACCUGUGCUGCAGGACACCCGAUGUUGCUGGACUCAAGGACCUGGGAAGAAAGGCUUAGUCGGGCGCUGCCUCACAGCCAAACUGGCGAUGACCAACCUUCCAGUCGGAAAGUGCCCACAGGCCUUGUCCACCCUAAAGACCACCCAUAGUCAGCACCUUCGUAAAAUUGCUCGGUGUCUUGAAGAGGAAACACCAAAACUAGUUCGAUGA